AUGUAUUUGCCAUCAUUUUCAUCCACCGUUGGAUUGGCUUGUUGUUCUCCUAGUCUGCUAGUACAAAGUCAACAUCACCAUAGCAACCAUCAUCACCAUCACCACAAUCACCAUCAACAUGAAAUGCAACAAGAACAUUCUCCUCGACGUCAUAUACAACUUCCAAUACCUCCAGCGUUGACAUUACCUUCACCACGCACAUCACUACCACCAUUACCACCCACCCAAUCUUCUUUGCCUAGUGUUUCAUCAUCAUCGUCAUCAUCAUUAUCACCGCCGUCAUCCCUUUCUCCUCCAUCAACAACCAGCCCAUACAAUCAUCAAUAUCGCCCCAUCUCCAACAAAACACGACCCUACACUUGCUCACUUUGCCCACGUGGGUUCACUCGAAAGCACGACUUGCAACGUCAUUUUAGGGUACAUACAGGGGAUAAGCCUUACGAGUGUCACUGCUGUAAAAAGGCGUUUGCACGUACCGAUGCCCUGAAGCGACAUUGGCGUAUGGAAGAACAUUGUCGAUCCAGCCCCGAAGUGCAAGCAUGCAUCCGAGGCAAACAACGAUGUCAUCAUAGAAAGAAGACAUAG